UUUAAGACGGAGACUCCAGCCCAAGCUUCAUCAAACUCAUCCAGCUGUGGACUCGAUCAACUGCUGGAGCAAUAAUCAAGUGAAAUCAUGAUGAAGAUACUGGUACUGCUUGGAUGUCUCCUGAGUCUGGCUCUGGCUCUUCCAGUGGACGAAGUGCAUGAGAGAAUUGCUCGUUCUUCCUCUGACUCCGAUUCCAGAGAGAUGGGGCGGUAUCCGUCAUACUACCCACCGUAUCCCCGGUUCCCCCCACCACCACCACCACAGAACCAGGCCGACCUAUUGGCCUUGCUCCUGCAAUUCCUGCUGGCUAACUCCGCCCCGGCCCCGGCUCCAGCUCCCACCCCGGCCCCGGCCCCGGCCCCCACCCCGGCCCCCACCCUGGCCCCAACCUCCUAAAAUCAGUCUGUUAUC